GAGACUUUAUUGUUGGGUGAUAAACCGGAGCACACGCCCGAGUCUGCUGGCGGGGUUUCUGCCGCGUGUUAAGUGGAUUUUUGGACACGUCCGGAACCAGGAUCUCGGUCUGCAGGAUUACAUAGAAAAAGUUGCCUUUGGUUUGGUGGAUCGGAUCGACGGGACGUCCUCUGGCUGCAGAGACCUACGUCAGCGACUGCUGUGAAUUUCCUGCACUGAGACCGAAGCGUAUUCUCACCUGGAGAAAAAACGCGCAGUUCUCUGAAACUGUGCGGCGCGAUUAUGUCCUUCAACUCGAACCAGUCCGUUUUUCACGACACGUCAAACUCUUUAUUAAUGAACAGCGAAGACGCCACGGACACCUGCGCGUGUGCCAGCACGGCGGGGCUCAGCAAAGCAGUGUCAGUGUCCUUGGGUUUGGAUCCAGUCUCCUGUCAGUGCUCCUCCAGUGGCGCGUUGGCGAGCAGCGCGCACCGAGCGCUCCACUUAUUAGGAGCGGCAGCAGGCGUGCACCCAGAAGGCGCCACCGUGGCGGCAGCGAACGCCAACCCGAGAGAGGACGACUUUGGAAAAGUGUGUCGUGAUAUGGAUCGAGUGAGCUGCAUGGAUCUGCUGCGAUCGGGCGACGCGGCGGACGGCGCGCUGCCCGUGACGCACGGAUCCUCCGCGGUCUCCCGGUACGUGUGCAAGGAGUCAAACUUAUUUGUGGGCGAGCCGCCCGAUCGGUCACCUAUAAAACCUUACCCGGGGUACUCCAGCGGACAAGUCCUCUUAAGAGACGCGACGGCGGAUGCGUGGUGCGUAAACGAGCGCGGAUACGGUGGUCCGGCCGAGCCCGUCAGAGGCGGAUCCGGUGGAGUUAAUUUCUUGUGUAAAUACUGUAACUGUGGAGAAGCCUCGCGUGGAUGCCGCUGCGUCUGGUACAACAGCGGAGAACACAGCGGAAAAGCUGGCGCCAAAUCAGCCACGGCACAAGAGUACGGCCAAGCGGAAAGUUACCAAAGUGCAGCCGCCCGGGGGCACGCCGGUUACCCCACCAUUAAGACCGAACCGGCGGCGUGGACGCACUGCGCGGACCGCCGUUUCAGGAAUGAAGAUCUGUUUCCAGGCGUCUACCUGUCAGAUCGGAGGGUGUGUCAAGUGUGUGGUGAUGACGCCUCAGGGUGUCACUAUGGAGCAGUGACUUGUGGCAGCUGCAAAGUAUUUUUCAAGAGGGCAGCUGCAGGUAAGCAGAACCACCUGUGUGCCAGUCGUAAUGACUGUACCAUUGACAAACUGAGGCGGAAGAACUGCGCCUCGUGCCGUUUAAAAAGGUGCUUCAUGUCAGGAAUGAGCCUUAAAGGUCGCAGGCUGAAGGGAGCCGGACAGUCGAAGAACGGAGAGGAGGAGCAAUCGAGAGCUGGAACGAGAGCAGAAGCCGAAGCCAGUAACCCAGCUGUCAGGGAUCAAGCAUCCCAGGCUCUGGCUCUCGCCCCGACUCCGAGCCUGCGCUCCUGCUUAACCAUGCUCAGCGUCCUGCAGGCCAUUGAGCCAGCUGUGGUCAAUGCCGGACAUGACCCAGCCCAACCGGACAGUCCGGCGUCUUUGCUCACCAGCCUGAACGAGCUGGGGGAAAGACAGCUGGUGACUGUGGUGCGUUGGGCCAAAGCCAUCCCAGGUUUCCGUGACCUCCAUGUGGACGAUCAGAUGACAGUGAUUCAGCUGUCGUGGAUGGGGGUGAUGGUGUUCGCUUUGGGCUGGAGGUCGUACACGCUGACCAACAGCUCUAUGCUCUACUUUGCUCCAGACUUGGUCUUCAACGACCAGCGGAUGCAAGUGUCCAGCAUGUAUGAACACUGUGUGAGGAUGAAGCUGCUCUCCCAGAGGUUCUGCAUGCUGAAGGUCACCCAAGAGGAGUUCCUCUGUAUGAAGGCGCUGGUCCUCUUCAGCAUCAUGCCAGUGGAGGGCCUGAAGAACCAGCGCUGUUUUGACGAACUCCGGACCUGCUACAUCAAGGAGUUGGACCGCUUAGCCAGCCACUGCGGAGAGACCACCCGCACACAGAGGCUGUUUCACCUCACGCAGCUGCUGGACAAUCUCCAGUCGAUUGUGAGGAAGCUGCACCAGUUCACCUACAACCUGUUCGUCGAGGCUCAGUCCCUGCAGACACGCGUCAACUUCCCAGAGAUGAUCUCAGAGAUUGUGAGCGUCCAUGUGCCUAAAAUCCUGUCAGGCAUGGUCAAACCCAUCCUGUUUCACAGUAAAGCUUAAUCUCAUUUGACGAAUCUAGAAUAUCUAAAUAAGGUUAGUGGUUUCAUGAGAUA